AUGGUGGCAUUUGAAGUUGUAGCCACUAUAUUAGUCAAUUACUGCCAAAUGUGGUUCAAUGAAUUUCCACUUGUAUCACAAGAUAUCACAAGUUAUAUAGAAUAUGUUGUAAAACGAUUCGACUUAGACCUCUGGAAUCACUUCAACAAGCUCGGUAUACAUAAUACCACCUAUGUUUGCCCAGUCAUGGAAACAUUAUUUGCUGAGGUCUUGGUUGAAAACGAUUGGUUAGUUUUAUGGGAUAAUGUACUCACAAGCAAGACUGAUUUUUUAACAUUGGCUGUAGCCGCAUUUUAUGUUGUAAACAAAAACCUAUUUCUCUCUUGCAAGUCAAAGAAAGAGUUUGAGUUUCGCAUUCACAAUCCAGUUAGCACCAGCAUUAAGAUUUUGAUAAAUAAGACUAGAGAAAUGGCUCAGAAUUUGAAGUUCAAAAGUAAUUUUCAUGACUUUACAUCCUUAAUAAAGGGAAACACCUAUCAGAUACUAAUUGAUCCCAUGAAAGUGAAUAAGGUACUUACUUUAGAAUCCAUUUCAAAUUCAGAAAAUGCAUCAGUGAUAAAAAAAAUUAUGGAAAUAAAUGAUACAUCAUUGGAAGAGGAGCCUGAUUCAAUAAAUGUUCCUGAUAUUAUGAAUGGGCAGGGAUCAAUAAGUGAUAAUUUAGUUCUAUCACCUGGUACUCCAUUGAACUUCAAUACUUGUCUUAUAAAGAUGUAA